UCACAAGAAAAAAAAACUCUCUAGCAAUACACACUAAACGGAGCAUGUGCAGAGUGACUCCACACGAUAUGUCUUAUCAGGAGAUAAGAGGGAGACACUGGAAGAAGGGGAGGAUCAGAUAAGUCAGGAUAAAUCCGCAUUUUUCAACAAUGCAGAAGAUUAAAUUCUUAGGUUCCACAGUAAGUAUAACAAGCAUGCUUUACUGCCAGGGGCGGACUGACAACUCAUGGGGCCCCCGGGCAAUAGGGGAUCAUGGGGCCCCUAUGUCCUUGGCCAAACUCAAAAAACCCUAU